UUACAGUUGGGGCCACCCAAUUGAACGGUUUUCACGCGGUUCAAUAUCAGUUGCUUUCCUGAGAGGGGUAUCACAGAAAUGCACCACGUGCUUGAUGGCUAGGUUUCUCACGCAGACUUUCCUUGUUCUGGCAGCCUUCAAGGAACUGGCAAACGUAGAAGAUCUGCAAGCUGCCGUCUCGGCGGAAAAUAGUGGAGGUCGCAUGUCGGUGGUCGACUUCUAUGCAGGUUGGUGCGCCUGCUGCAAGAGCUCCUUUCCUGCCUUGUGCCGCAUUCCAAACAACGAGUUGCUUUCUCGACACUUUAAUUUUUACAAAGCAAACAUCGAGGAGGGCGACUUUGCUUCUUUUAUUAAGAAGAAGGGCGUUCGGGGCAUCCCGUACGUGCUCGUUUUCAAUAGCGACGGCACGGACUUAAUUGGCAUGGGUGCAUCGUUUAAGAAGAUGGAGGUCCUUCGCCGAAACUUGGACUUUAUCGCGCGGGCGGAGACGAAGUCCUUUGUCCUAGACCCGAACGGACUUAUCACGAACCGAUGAACGAGAAUGCAUGACUUAAAUUUCUAAGUGCGGUACUUCGGGAGCUUACAUUAAUGAAUUGUACUAAGCUUGGCUGUCUCGCGAAGAAUUGGUUGCUACCCCGUUGGCUUCUUCGUUCAAGUGGUAUUACCCCUCAGGGCACUACAGUUCUGAUCGGGACAUUUGCUGUCUGAACCUGGAACUGCUGAAGUGAAGCAAGGCAAGGAUCGCAUCCCUCGUUUUGUUGCGGUGUGCGUGUGUGUGU